UUUGCAUAAACAAAACGUACACAUUAUUAAGCGGAGUGUGCUUCACGUGAAUUUAUUUUGUUAUUUCGCAUUAUUUGCUGUAACUCAUGUGCUAAAAUAUUUUUGUACGUUCUGCAAAAAGCAUAAUCUCGUGUUGUUAUUGUAAUUUUGAAAGCUAUUUGUAUUUUUCGCCAUAAUGGUCGUUGUGUCGUCGACAUUUUCCGUGCCGGCAGAAGGCGUGUUACUACAAACUCCGUCAACAAAAUUGCUUGUUAAUGAUCAAGAAUUAGGCACAGCCACAUUAUACAUCACUCAGAAUAAUGUAUUGUGGGGCGGGGGUGUCAGCCCGUCGGGCGCCGCCGCGCCGACCAUCUCUCUGCUGUACCCAAGCAUCUCCCUCCAUGCGGUGCAGCGGGAGCCCUCGCCUGCACUGUACAUGGUGCUUAAUUAUGAACUGAGGUUACCGGAGCUGAGCCAGGGUGCAGGCGACGCCCCCGAGGACGAUGAUGACGACUUCGAUGCUGACGAACACCCCAUCACCCAGCUCAGGUUCAUCCCGCAGAACGAGAACGAUCUCCAAGCGAUGUACUCGGCGAUGAGCCAGGGACAGGCGCUGCACCCGGACCCCGCAGACGAGGUUGACGACGACCCCUACAUGGAUGGAGAGGAAUUUGAAGAGGGUGAUGAGGAAUUCGAAGACGCGGAGGAGAGCAACCUCGGCACCGAGGACGCCGCGUCGCGUCUGCGGCAGCUUCGUCUCGAGAACGCUAACGGAACACAAUCCUACGAUGACGCGGAGGAGGAGGCGGCGGCGGGGGGAGGACAGUGACUCGUCGCGCGCGCGCACUGAGUUCACCAGAUUAUUUCACGCUUGACAUUAUUUCGGUUGCCGGCGCUCAGCGGCCGACGCGAUCUCGCAUGAACACACGUGCUGACCCUUAAACGUUUAGAAACACAUUUGAUUUAAUGAGAAACCCCAUUUUAUUUUACAAGUUACCCCAUCGAGGUAUCUUAUUAUAAAAUUAGGUUUAAAUUUUGUCUCCUUGGGUUAUGGUUUUCUCUAAUAUUUUUAUAUUCAAUUAGGAUAAUUGGUGCCAAAAUUAUAUAUUUCAAUGAACGGUGAAAUCCCAGUGAGUUAUUCAAGACAGUAUGCUUUUUCAAUAUUUUUGUUUCUUGCCCGACUACGGCGAAUAAGGCAGGGUGAUUCCAAAUAUUAGAACCUGUUCAGCAUUUAAGGGUCAGCUGAUGUGACGUCACAAAUCCUCGGUUGCUUGAUGAGGCUUUUGUUUCGUAAUUGUACCCUUACGAUGAUGUAAAUCAAUUAUAAUCUCAAUUAAACUCGAACUUACAUUGUGUAAAUUAUUUUUAUUGCGCCAAUGGGAGUGGUCUGUUGAAAUUGGUAAUGUUAUCUAAUGUAAGUUGUAUUACAGUUGUCGGAAAUUGGACAUUUUAUCAAUUUAGUUUCGGUGCAUAUUGCGAUUAUCGCUGUUUUUCGUUUAUGUAUUAAUAAAUAAUUAACGUAAUCCAUAUAAUAUUUUAUAUAUGUGUAGUAUACCAAAUGUAGCAUUAGUUUUGGGGUAUCUUAUUAAUUCACUUGACGUUACCCCAUAGAUAGUUACUCUUAAAUUCUCUAUUUUAAAUAUUUUGUAUCAAUUUUGGCAGAUCACAUGUGCGCGAUCAGUAAUAGCUCCUUCACGUUGGCCAAUAUGUGGGUGAGUGUGCCAUCGAGUGGCCAAUGUGUAGACGGGGCGUUAUAUCGCCAAUACCCUUUGAACUGAAAGACCGGCAUCAAACGGAUGGCGCCAACGUUUAGGCCAACUCUCAAUACCUACCAAUGAAACUGCAAAUCCUGGAAUUUGGUCACACGUAUUGGUAAUAAAUGGCACAUAUCGGCCAACUUGUACAGGAGAAUGACAGAGCUUGGCUGUUUGAUGCAUUUGUACUGGAUUUCAAUGUGAUAUUUUUGUAGCGGCUUCCUUCUAACACUGGACUAUGUAUUUUCUAUAUCCCACUGCAUGGACGUUAGACGGUUUUGUAUCCGAAUAUUUUUAAAUUUAUGGUGUAGCUCAUUGUAAGUUUGUGACGAUGCAACCAUAGACAAUUUUGACAUUUCUAAUAUAGUGUUACCAACAUUCGAUUUUUCGAUAUUUUAAGUUACUCGUGUUUAAUACUGUAGUCAUUCCUAUGUCUAGAUUUAUUCCAUAGUGGAACACAUUGUUCAAAUAAUCUAAUUCCGGUUAGUUGACACUACAUUUAAUACUAAAGUUGAUUCGAAUAUCAGUUUUAUGUCUAGAUUUAUUCCAUAGUGGAACACAUUGUUCUAAUAAUCCAAUUCCGGUAAACUUUACGAUUAAUACUAAAGUUGGUUUGUACAUCAGUUUAGUUGAGCGCGGCGGCAGUCCUGUGGUCGCGUCGUCAUGAACCCGCGCCGCUCUGGACAAACGCUCAAACGCAGUAGUGUAGUGUUUGUAUACAGAUGUAAUUAGCGCUACUUUAAUAAUAAACCAUAUCGAAUGUC